CGGGUCGGAUGGGGGAAGGGCCCAAACCGUGCAUGAGACCGACAAAACUUGCUUAUGGCUCUCUCCGUCGAUGGGGAACUGUGACAGGACUCAAAAGGAAAAGGGAUCUUUCUGCUCACGACUGAAGAGCACGUACACUGUUGGGACCACAAUGAUAUAAUCACGAAAAAGGGGAAGACGGGAGGACAGCCGAAGUUGGACCGGCGGAGAUGAGCGGGGCCGUGAUUGCGGCGAUAUACCGAGGUGUUGUUCUGCUAUUGUUGCGCUGCUCGCGUGUUCCAGUUGGAUUUUGAGACGGUAAGACGAAGGAUACUAGAAAGGUGACCUAAAAUAAAGGCUAUGGGGAUAGCUAACUGGGUUUGUCUGCGGUGAAAUCAGCCAUACUUCCUUGGCCGAACAACUGCCCACCACCCUCGCCUUUAGGAAAAUGUAGCACGGAAUUCCUUGCCUCGCAGUGUAUCCGUUCUCCUUUCGCAACGAAUGCUAUUUUGUAUUGGGUGAUUUUUUUAUUUAUUUUUUGCUUGUUACAAAAAGAGCAGAAUCGGGGCCCAUGGAAAUAAACUUUAUGGGUAGCUUGGGAAGGAAAUAAACAGAUUCCAUUUAGCUAGUAGGCCAGUUUCAGAGGGUUCAAAUCUAUCUAAUCUACUUAAAUGUGCCGCGGAUUACAGUUAACCUGUGGAUUUCCAUUUAUUAUCUUUGUGAGAAAAGUAUUCUAAAAUGAUGUGAAUCAGCAUGUAUAUUCCCAUUCCUAGUGUGUGAUCAGCUAUAGCCGAUUGGUGCACAUCUGUCAUUUUCUCAGUCCAGCACCUGUAGGCCUACUGCACAAAAUAUGUAGGAUCAUAGCACAGACUAUUGCACAACAUAUGUCUCAAAUAGCAUAGGUUUAGGCUUAGGCCUAGACCUAAUAACAGGUUUAGGCUUAGGCCUAGACCUAAACUCACCUAGCCUUGUGAUUUAGAUUGAGCCAUCUUUCUAGCAGUAAGGCAAUAUGCAAGUUUGACAGACCAAAUAGAUUAUCAACUCCUGAGAAUAGGUUUUCAUGGGUUUUCCCCCUCUUCUGUAGGUAUCCCUGUCUCUGUCUAGCCCCGGGCUGUGGAGAUUGUUCUGAAAGGAAAAGGACAACAAACGGGGGAAGUGAACAUGGCUGGGACCUCGGGCUUCUUUUCCAACGGACCCAUUCCGUGGAUUGAGAGUGACACCGAGAUGAACAAUCUUUACCGGGAUCUGGAGUUGGGGACUGUGUUGACUCUGUUUUACUCCAAAAAGUCCCAGCGACCUGAGAGAAGGACAUUUCAGGUCAAACUUGAGACGAGGACAAUUAUCUGGACCCGAGGCACGGAUAAAAUAGAGGGAGAAAGUGAGUAUGGCUCGCACAUUCGAAAACGUGUGCAAUGCAUAGGCUGCAUGAUAUUCGGUUUCAUCCAAUGAAUACAAUUUAGGCCUAUCUGUGUAAAAAAUAUUGGGUAACUGUGAUCAUCACGCUGUCACAACUGGUCGUCACUGUCGCACAGCACAGGUUCUGAACGAAAGAAUACGAUGCCAAACUGGUCUGUUUACCCGCUGUCAUAAAUAUAAAUGUUUUUACAAAACAACAAAGCUGUCUGAGACGCACGAGUGUCACACAAUAACAAAGAACUUGCUAUACCAUUUUGUCCCGUAGCUUGUGAUUAGACGUGUACAAUUACGUAAUUGCGUAUUUGUUACUACUAUUAUGAAGCUAUUCUGGGAUUUGAAGCAAAUCCAGAAAGUGGGGCCUAUAGUUUAUUGAAACAACCUUAUUUGGCCAUAUACUUUCUACAUGGCCUACAGCAUGUAGACUACAUAAACUUUUGUCCCAGUGAUAAAUAAAGUGUAGAAACACAUGCUAGAUAGAAGAGUGUCAAAUUCAUCACAGGCCCUGUGUGUUUUCGUGAAGGGAGCCUUGUGCGUGCGCCGCUCACUCUUAACGGUGUCCCGGGUAGCAGGAUGCAUCUCGCACAGCUGUACUCUGCUCCGGAUGCAGCCAAGGCGAAAGCAAAAAAAGUUUAAACGAUUCCCUCCACACACACACUUACCUAUGGUUGUCCUCUGUUAUGCGUGCCUUUCUUUGUUUGCUUAAAUCCAUACUUAAAAAAAAAAUACAUGAAACGUUAAUCAAAUAGCUACAACCAACAACUGACUGUUUACUUGAGAUUCAAUUUGCACAGCCCAUAACAUUUUAUUAAAACGUAUGGAUUUCAGCAAACAAAGGCACGCACGCAACUAUAAACAUAGGUAAACGGUAAGGGUUUUACAUUUUUUUAAGUAUCGACUUAUAGCAACUUGAAGGAGUGGGAGGUUCAUUUCCAAAACUUCAGUCAGUGCUCAACUCCGUAGAGGAGAUUAGGUACUUGAGAACGUCGUCAUAUGAUAUCCUACUCAUUGCCAGUGAGAUGAUAUUGGCGAAUGCAUCUCCUUAAAAAUAGCAUGGAUCGUUUUUACUGGAAGUGUGGGAUCAUUUGGGAAAGAAGCAGCGCCAUGUUAGUAUUCCGACCUAUCGACGGGGAGAUCAUUGGGCCUCUAUCACAUCACCACUGACUCAGCGUUAUUGAUGCCUGCUGGUUGCCUCCUAGAGAGGCAAUCAAGAUGAUGUCCAAUUACCUGCUGUAGGCCUGUGUAGAUAAUUGUCCCUAGUAAAUUAUCAAAUUUAAUUUCCUUAUUUAGGGACACUAAAUCUGACAUGGGAAUUUAAUACAAAUCAAAUUGUAUUUGACACAUGUCCCGAAUACAACAGGUGUAGUCUUUACUGUGAAAUGCUUACUUACAGCCCAUUCCCAACAAUGCAUAGUUAAAAAGUAUGAAAAGAUUAGAAAAUAAGAAAAAAAAAUGAAAUAGUAACAUAAGAAAAUAACAAUAACAAGGCUAUUUACAAGGAGUACCUGUACCUAGUCAAUGUGUCAAUACCUCCUUAGUGAUUGGUGUGCUUUUGGUCACCUGAUAAACAUUAGGAAUAUAAUAGGUGAUGUAGUAGCAUAUUAAUUGGGACUGGUGAACAGCAGUUCACUUAUUUGAUGUACACUGACCUCACAGGAGUGAAGUACUAACAGACUACAUCACUUUUUUGGUGGGUCAAUAACCUAUCAAACCCUACCUCAGCCGCCCCACCCUGCCUCCCCUUGAGUGCAUCUCAAGCGAAGACCACAGCUUAUGUCUAAGUGCACCGCGACAGUUCUAGACGGGUCAGACAGAGACCCAAAACUUCAGUGUGGCUGAGACGGUCCUUUCCCAAACACACAUCAAGCACGUGAUGCUUCACCUCAUCUCAAACCCACCAGACCUGUGUGUGUGUGCCUUAAUCAAACCACAGUCAUAGCUUGCAUCAACACAUAAACAUCUGGCUUUUGGUGUAGUAGUAGGCAGUAUGUCUUUCUACUCUCAGCCAGCCAGGAACAUACAGUAAAUAUGGCUACUUGACAAUCUAAACUCUUGUUUGAACAGAUGCUACUGGUAUUUCUUAACAUGUCGCUUGUAUGUUAUAAGACUUGCUGGUUUAGCUAGUAUCACUAAGACUGAAAUCCCAGUGUUGGCAGAAUGUAGUCCGAGCACUGGCUGAGUGUGACCUGAGAAUGUGGACAACAUAGGUUCUCAUUUGUGCUGACAAGUCUGAAGGCAGCAAGAGUGAAUCGAGACAUGCAGGGCCCAGUUCUUGCCCCAGACAACUCCAUGCCGUUGUUUAGUAAACACAAAUCGGUCCCAAGCCACUGCGUAAACAACACUGAGCGAAGCCAUUGGAGAGCUAUUUUAGAGUCUGUAAGGAUCAUGCUUAUUAGAAUCCCACUAAUGGAAAGAGGGUUUACUAGACAUGAAUACAGGUGUUGAUGAGUUGGCUACAUCAGUGACUUCACACAACAGCAUCAGAGACCCAGUAACUGCAGACAUACAGUGGUGGCUGGCCUGGUUCCAUUCUGUGUCCUUUCUUAUAGUUAUAGUAACCGUCACUUUGGAUAAGAUCUUCUGCUAAAUGACUACAAUGUAUGUCUUGUGGUGAGAUUCUUUAGAUAAAUGCUGAAACCGUCUCGGAUUUGAGCGAGAGGUGUGUGUGUGUUCCGGAAAAUGCACCUGCACACCUCUUUGGAAACUGUCUGUCAGACACUAUAUGUAGGCCUAUGACAUGUCUUUUGAUUAGGAUUUUCCAUCCUUUCAGUACACAAGUCUAAUAAAAAAGGACAACCUCUGCAAUACCACAGUUAAAUAUAUUCUACAUCAUGGGGACUGUGCAUUGACCAAUUAGUUAGUUUAAAGUUCAACAGCUCUGUUCUAAUACUUCAGUGUAGUUUGUUAUCCUCCCAAGAUUCACCCUCAAACGUGCAUAUUAUCCCUAAAGUAAACAAAGGUAGUUGUGCGGCAAUGAGAGAAAGGUUAAGAGGGUAGAGGGGGGAGAGAGUAGAGGGAGAGGCAGGGGAGUAAAGUGAAGAGUGAACAGGCAGAGAGGGAGAGAAGUGUUGGUAUGUUAGUCAGGAUGCCUCCUCUCCUCUCCCUGUGUAAGGUCACACCUUUGGCUAGCUCUUAUUUCCUGGAGCUCCACAAUAACUCUGCAAAUAUUUAGACUGACUUACAUGUUCUCUCGAAUAUCAACCUGUCAGAUUCACUUAGUCUCAACCGAAGUCGGCUGCAUAGAUGCACGUGAUGCAAAGUAGAUGUGGGUGUGUGUAAGAUUCUUCGAGAUGAAGGUGGGUACAUACAUGGACACACACAAACACACACACACACACACAGUGUAGGCGGCAGAGCAGCACAGGAUGUGUGGUUCAGGCAGGAAGAGGAGCAGGAGCAGAGCUAUGAGAAACUGUUGUGUGUGUGUGUGUGAAUAUCUUAUCACCUAACUAACUGCACCAGGACAAUCAGUGGACCUCAAAAAGCUGACACUAACAAAAUACCACUUUGCUACUCUGUCCAUAACUUCAACUCUCCAUAUGCUUUACAGCUCAUUCUUCUGUCCAAAUCAGAACUUAAGAUGCACAUUCAUACUGUAACUAGAUGUCUUGCACAAAUCUCCCAUUGAUAUGAUCUACGACGAAGUUCAAGGUAUGCAGUAUAUGCCCUGAAACAUGCACUGUAUUGGGCUAUUCAGAUCCGGUUUCUGUUCAUUAGCAUUUGAUCACCAUCUGCAAGGCAAAGAAGGAAAGCUCUUGUCUCUGUGUGGGGCCCUUAUAGUGAGCAGAUGUGUGUGUGUGUGUGUGUAGCUUGAGGUUGUGGUUCUUUGAAGGUCUGUUACAACACUAUGGCUAGAAAGCAGUGUCUUAGUAUGCCAUGCAUUUGUAGCCCUCUGCUCUGCUUGACAAUGUGCAAACCAAAUUGUGAUUGGUGGAUACUGUUUAGCUAACAGUAACAGACUGUUUCAUGUUUGAGUGACCUGGCUGACCCCAGUAUCUGUCCCCCCCUCCUCCAGUUGAUAUCCGAGAGAUAAAGGAGAUCCGAGCGGGCCAGAAGUCUCGGGACUUUGAGCGCUAUGUGGAGGACUCUACAGCACGGUUAGACCAGGCUCACUGCUUCGUCAUCCUACACGGCACUGAGUUCCGCCUCAAAGCACUCAGCCUAGCAGGUAAAUACUGAAUACACUUGAUAAAGAAAAGGAAAGCUGCACACUCUAGGAGCUCAGAUGCAAUAAUUUAAUAUCCUAAUAACCAACGUUUCGACAGACAAGCUGUCUUCAUCAGGGUAAAUGAUUGCAUCUGAGCUCCUAGAGUGUGCAGCUUUCCUUUUCUUUUCCAAGUGUUUUACGCCGUCAGCCAGCAUCUCGCCUAAAUAGGUGUGCGUUUCUUUCGCCUUUAUCUAAAUACUGAAUACACACCACAGUAUUACCUCCAAAGCCUUCCAUUUUGUCAGAGAAAGACACACACCCAUACCAUAAUGUACUCAGUGGAGCUUCAAUGUCAGGACUUUGACACCUAACCCUUGACCUCUCCCGCCCCCUUUCCCCAGCGACUUCUGAUGAGGAGAUGACCAUGUGGGUGAAGGGGCUGACCUGGCUGGUGGCAGACACACUCAAAUCCCCCACCCCUCUACAGAUAGAGAGGUACCCCUUUAUUCGGUUGGGUAGGCUGAGUGGGCAUUACUUGAUGGUACAUUGAAAAUGGCUAUCACACCACUUUGGGUGUCUAAGACUCAAUUCUUCAAUGUAACUCUCUUUUUUCACCCAGGUGGUUACGGAAGCAGUUUUAUGCCAUAGAUCGCAACAGAGAAGACAAGUAAGUCAAAUCAAUCAGUGCUUUUGGAUAUGAACUAUAAAAAUGAUUGAAAAAGCAUUGCGUCAGCUUGGAGAUAAUGGAGAGCAAUAAUGCUUUUCUUUUGGAGACUUGGUACAUUUGCGGUAGUGUAUUAUCAAUAAUUUAAAGCAGUACGACUAGCCACCUGCUGUAGCAAAUAGCAAUAUAGGCCAGCCAGAGGCAUUCUGGACAGACUGGGGAUAAAAGCCAAGCUAGGGAAUGAGCACAUCUUAACAGUUUUUGAAGAAGCUUCCUACCAGCUCAGGCUGGUGUGUGUACGUGAUGUGGAGGUGGCAGGUAGCUUAGUGGUUAAGAGCGUUGUGCCAGUAACCGAAAGGUCGCUGGUUCUAAUCCCCAGAGCCAACUAGGUGAAGAAUCUGUCGAUGUGCCCUUGAGCAAGGCACUUAACCCUAAUUGCUCAUGUAAGUCGCUCUGGAUAAGAGCGUCUGCUAAAUGACUAAAAUGUAAUGUAAAUGUAAGGAACCUUUCAGCCACAGACCUGCACAGCUUCCGUGUGUGUGAGAGAGAGUGCCCCCCCCAUUCAGAAGCAGCUUCCUUUAAGUAGUCCUGAGCUCAUGUCACUACAUGGUACUCUUCCAGAAGUGUGUGCCCUGUAUGUGUGUAUAUUCAUUUGUGUGUUUGGCGGUGUGUGUAUUUUAGGAUAUCCUGUAAGGAUCUGAAGAGCAUGCUGUGCCAGGUUAACUACAGGGUUCCCAACAUGAGGUUCCUCAGAGAGAAACUUCCGGUAACAUCCUCACACUCAUCACAUUUCCCUAUUACCCUCCCCACCUGUGUGUGUGUGUGUUUCCAGUAUCAUCCUAACCCUGUGGUAACAUUGCCCCCUCUCACUCUUUCUCUCAGGACUCUGAGUUGAGGAAUGGAGACGUGUCCUUUAGCCAGUUUUCCCAACUCUAUCGCAGCCUGAUGUUUGACGCCCAGAAAGCUGUAAGUCAUCUUCACCCUUCUCUCUCCCCCUCUCUCUCUCUCUCCCCCUCUCUCUCUCUCUCUCUGUCUCUCUGUCUGCUCUCAAAUGGCUCCCAAAUCAAUAGAGGCCAGUUAAAACCCACAGAGCCUCUGGUAGAAACCAUUAGGCCGUAGCAGACUGACAGGAGCUGUGUUGUCAUACUGAAAUGACAAGGUUUAUUGUGUUUAAUAAUUUUCUUUACUUUUGUCUUUCAGAUGGAGAUUCCUUUUCUACAGAGGUAGAUACUCACUCACACACACACCCUGAGCACAAUGUUGUACUGUAGAUGUGAGUUGUGUAACACAGCUCUCCCUCUGUGUCAGGUUCAUUGAGAGACCAGAGCAGAAGAUCUCACUAGAAGACUUCAAGACCUUCCUUCUGGAGGCCCAGAAGGUAUGCUGGAAGAUAUAGCAUUUCAUCUAUCGAAGUUCCUAUGGAUUCAGUACAACACAAUGCUUGACUUCUCACACACAUUAGUAACUAGUACUCUAGUAAAUGUGUUGUUACAUGUUAAUACACAAGGAUAUCAAAUGACCUGAAAUGACAUAUUUGUGCAACAAUGUGAUGUGUGUAGGAGCUGUGGGCCACCGACAACAGUAAGGUGCAGGAGUUUAUGUUUGGGUAUCUGAAGGACCCACUGAGGGAGGUGGAACAACCCUUCUUCCACCAAGAUGAGGUACCUUCUCUCUCACUUCUAGGCAAUAAAAUGAAAGUGCCACUAUGAUUAACUGUUUUCAUGUUACACAGUGGUGAGAGUACGUCCAGGUUUCACAUUAUAUAGCUUUUAAAUAACUUAAUUUGGAAUAUAACACCCACAUCUUGCUGGUGAGAUGAAUGUGCCCGAGUUCUGUGGAAAGGAGGUGUUAUUAGUUAUUGUCGCACCACAUAACUUGUCUGACACCAAGGAAGUGCCUCUAGUGUCUACCAACAGGAGAGAACAUUUCAUGUCUGGCCUGUGGUUAACAAAAUAACUAUCACUUUAAGUUGAGCACAAUUACAAAGGGUGCCUGGUUUUCGCAUAGUGGUGCUCGUCAUUGGACUGUUUCUCUGUAUUAAUUAGAACCCCAAUAUUGAUUGCAUGUCUUCCCUCCCCCCUCUGUCUGUCUAGUUCCUGACGUACCUGUUUUCCAAAGAAAACACAGUCUGGGACUCAGCCCUGGACCAGGUGUGUCCUGAAGACAUGAACAACCCCCUGUCUCAUUACUGGAUAUCCUCAUCUCAUAACACGUAAGAACAGAGGGAGUGGGGGAGGGAGGAGAAAGGAUUACUGUAUUUGAAAUGUUGUGCUAAUGCUGGCUUCACAUUAAUUGUUAAGAGAGAAAGCAUAGUUUCCCAGACAUUUUUCCCUAGUCCAAAGGGAUUUGUGUCCUACAGUUCUGAUGUAUAUCAGAUUAAAGUGGUAUUAUCUAACAGUCCCUUUUAACAAUGAGAACUGGGCUUUGAUUCAUUUUCCUCCCAUGGUUAAUGUGAUAACCUGAUCAUUUUCCUCCCAUGGUUAAUGUGAUAACCUGAUCAUUUUCCUCCCAUGGUUAAUGUGAUAACCUGAUCAUUUUCCUCCCAUGGUUAAUGUGAUAACCUGAUCAUUUUCCUCCCAUGGUUAAUGUGAUAACCUGAUCAUUUUCCUCCCAUGGUUAAUGUGAUAACCUUUUGUGUUGGCUGUGAAACAACACACACAGUUCCAUGUUGCUUUGAUGAAGUCUGAAUUGCCUGGCUGGAGCUGUGCCACUAGAGAUCCUGGUUCGAAUCCAGGCUCUGUCGCAGCCGGCCGCGACCGGGAGACUCAUGGGCGGCGCACAAUUGGCCCAGCUUCGUCCAGGGUAGGGGAGGGAAUGGCCGGCAGGGAUGUAGCUCAGUUGAUAGAGCAUGGCGUUUGCAACGCCAGGGUUGUGGGUUCGAUUCCCACGGGGGGCCAGUAUAAAAAGAUAUGUAUUCACUAACUGUAAGUCGCUCUGGAUAAGAGCGUCUGCUAAACGACUAAAAAAAUUAAAUGAGAAAGGGGUGUUUGAUGAAGUCUGAAUUGCCUGGCUGAAUGAGAAAGGGGUGUUUACGCUAACCAACAUAGACAGAAAGACCUUUUUCAUUCCGUAUUCAAAGUGGUUUCACUACCGCCACGGAAGGGGAUGUGAAGAACACAUGAUGAAGGGAAAGGAGGCUUCUGUAGACGGUCUGAUGUCUUGUGUGUGUCUGUCUGACGUGUGUUUGUGUGUGUCUGUCUGACGUGUGUUUGUGUGUGUCUGUCUGACGUGUGUUUGUGUGUGUUAUUUGUAGCUACCUGACAGGUGACCAGUUUUCUAGUGAGUCGUCCCUGGAAGCGUACUCGCGCUGUCUGAGGAUGGGCUGCCGCUGCAUCGAGUGUGAGUUUCUAUACACACACCCCUACCUCUGCUCUCUCCAUAACCCAAUGUCUUUCAUACCUAAAGCCACUCUUCUCCACAAUAUCUGCAUGACAAACACACCUUGUAUACUGUAUCCCUGCAGGCUGCACUGGUAGAGGGAACACUGGUCAGACCUGUUUCUAAAGGAUCUCAGACUAUUUUUAGAGACAGACGCACUGCUGCUCCGUUCAGAAAGGCACAUGACACUUUAAUAUUUCAUCUUGAUAUAUACAGUGCCUUCAGAAAGUAUUCACACACCUUUACGUUUUCCACAUUAUGUUGUUACAGCCUGAAUUUAAUAUGGAAUAAAUUGAGAUUUUUGUCACUGGCCUACACUACCCCAUAAUGUCAAAGUGGAAUAAUAUUUUUUACAAAUUAAUUUAAAAAUGAAAAGCUGAAAUGUCUUGAGUCUAAGUAUUCAACCCCUUUAUGGCAAGCCUAAAUAACUUCAAAAGUAAAAAAUCUGCAGUAAUAGUGUUUUAACAUUAUUUUUCAAUGACUACCUCAUCUCUGUACCCCACACAUUCAAUUAUCUGUAAGGUCCCUUAGUCGAGCAGUGAAUUUCAAACACAGAGUCAACCACAAAGACCAGGGAGGUUUUUCAAUGCCUCGCAAAGAAGGGCACCUAUUGGUAGAUGGGUAAAAAUAAAAUAAAAACCAGACAUUGAAUAUUCUUUUGAGCAUGGCAAACUUAUUAAUUACACUUUGGAUGGUGUAUCAAUACACCCAGUCACUACAAAGAUACAGGCGUCCUUCCUAACUCAGUUGCCGGAGAGGAAGGAAACCGCUCAGGGAUUUCACCAAGAGGCCAAUGGUGACUUUAAAACAGUUUGUUUAAUGGCUGUGAUGGGAGAAAACUGAGGAUGGAUCAACAACAUUGUAGUUACUCCACAAUACUAAGGUAAAUGACAGGGUGAAAAUGAGGCCUGUACAGAAUAAAAAUAUUUUGCAAUAAGGCACUAAAGUAAAACAGCAAAAAAUGUGGCAAAGAAAUUAACUUUAUGUCCUGAAUACAAUGCAUUAUGUUUGGGUCAAAUCCAACACAACACAUCACUGGGUAGCACUUCAUAUUUUCAAGCAUAAGGUGGUGGCUGCAAUAUGUUAUGGGUAUGCUUGUCAUUGGCAAGGAGUAGGGAUUUAUGUUUAAAUUUGUUUUGCAUAAAAAUAAACGGAAUAGAGUUAAGCACAGGGAAAAUCCUAGAGGAAAACCUGGUUCAGUCUGGUUUCCAACAGACACUGGGAGACAAAUUCACCUUUCAGCAGGACAAUAACUUAAACACAAGUAUGUACAGUGGGGGAAAAAAGUAUUUAGUCAGCCACCAAUUGUGCAAGUUCUCCCACUUAAAAAGAUGAGAGAGGCCUGUAAUUUUCAUCAUAGGUACACGUCAACUAUGACAGACAAAUUGAGAGAGAAAAAAUCGAGAAAAUCACAUUGUAGGAUUUUUCAUGAAUUUAUUUGCAAAUUAUGGUGGAAAAUAAGUAUUUGGUCACCUACAAACAAGCAAGAUUUCUGGCUCUCACAGACCUGUAACUUCUUCUUUAAGAGGCUCCUCUGUCCUCCACUCGUUACCUGUAUUAAUGGCACCUGUUUGAACUUGUUAUCAGUAUAAAAGACACCUGUCCACAACCUCAAACAGUCACACUCCAAACUCCACUAUGGCCAAGACCAAAGAGCUGUCAAAGGACACCAGAAACAAAAUUGUAGACCUGCACCAGGCUGGGAAGACUGAAUAUGCAAUAGGUAAGCAGCUUGGUUUGAAGAAAUCAACUGUGGGAGCAAUUAUUAGGAAAUGGAAGACAUACAAGACCACUGAUAAUCUCCCUCGAUCUGGGGCUCCACGCAAGAUCUCACCCCGUGGGGUCAAAAUGAUCACAAGAACGGUGAGCAAAAAUCCCAGAACCACACGGGGGGACCUAGUGAAUGACCUGCAGAGAGCUGGGACCAAAGUAACAAAGCCUACCAUCAGUAACACACUACGCCGCCAGGGACUAAAAUCCUGCAGUGCCAGACGUGUCCCCCCGCUUAAGCCAGUACAUGUCCAGGCCCGUCUGAAGUUUGCUAGAGUGCAUUUGGAUGAUCCAGAAGAGGAUUGGGAGAACGUCAUAUGGUCAGAUGAAACCAAAAUAUAACUUUUUGGUAAAAACUCAACUCGUCGUGUUUGGAGGACAAAGAAUGCUGAGUUGCAUCCAAAGAACACCAUACCUACUGUGAAGCAUGGGGGUGGAAACAUCAUGCUUUGGGGCUGUUUUUCUGCAAAGGGACCAGGACGACGGAUCCGUGUAAAGGAAAGAAUGAAUGGGGCCAUGUAUCGUGAGAUUUUGAGUGAAAACCUCCUUCCAUCAGCAAGGGCAUUGAAGAUGAAACGUGGCUGGGUCUUUCAGCAUGACAAUGAUCCCAAACACACCGCCCGGGCAACGAAGGAGUGGCUUCGUAAGAAGCAUUUCAAGGUCCUGGAGUGGCCUAGCCAGUCUCCAGAUCUCAACCCCAUAGAAAAUCUUUGGAGGGAGUUGAAAGUCUGUGUUGCCCAGCGACAGUCCCAAAACAUCACUGCUCUAGAGGAGAUUUGCAUGGAGGAAUGGGCCAAAAUACCAGCAACAGUGUGUGAAAACCUUGUGAAGACUUACAGAAAACGUUUGACCUGUGUCAUUGCCAACAAAGGGUAUAUAACAAAGUAUUGAGAAACUUUUGUUAUUGACCAAAUACUUAUUUUCCACCAUAAUUUGCAAAUAAAUUCAUUAAAAAUCCUACAAUGUGAUUUUCUGGAUUUUUUUUCUCAUUUUGUCUGUCAUAGUUGACGUGUACCUAUGAUGAAAAUUACAGGCCUCUCUCAUCUUUUUAAGUUGGAGAACUUGCACAAUUGGUGGCUGACUAAAUACUUUUUUCCCCCACUGUAUAUACAGUACCAGUCAAAAGUCUGGACACCUACUCAUUCAAGGGUUUUUCUUUAUUUGUACUAUUUUCUACAUUGUAGAAUAAUAGUGAAGACAUCACAACUAUGAAAUAACACAUAUGGAAUCAUGUAGUAACCAAAAAAGUGUUACAAAAAUCAAAAUAUAUUUUAGAUUUUAGAUUCUUCAAAGUAGCCACCCUUUGCCUUGAUGACAGCUUUGCACGCUCUUGGCAUUCUCUGAACCAGCUUCACCUGGAAUGCUUUUCCAACAGUCUUGAAGGAGUUCCCACAUAUGCUGAGCAGUUGUUGGCUGCUUUUCCUUCACUCUGUGGUCCAACUCAUCCCAAACCAUCUCAAUUGGGUUGAGGUCGGGUAAUUGUGGAGCCCAGGUCAUCUGAUGCAGCACUCAUCACUCUCCUUCUUGGUCAAAUAGCCCUUACACAGUCUGGAGGUGUGUUGGGUCAUUGUCCUGUUGAAAAACAAAUGAUAGUCCCACUAAGCGCAAACCAGAUGGGAUGGCGUAUCGCUGAAGAAUGCUGUGGUAGCCAUGCUGGUUCAGUGUGCCUUGAAUUCUAAAUAAAUCACAGACAGUAUCACCAGCAAAGCACCAUCACACCUCCUCCUCCAUGCUUCACGGUGGGAACCACACAUGCGGAGAUCAUCCGUUCACAUACUCUGCAUCUCACAAAGACACGGCGGUUGGAACCAAAAAUCUCAAAUUUGGACUCAUCAGGCCAAAGGACAGAUUUCCACUGGUCUAAUGUCAAUUGCUCGUGUUUCUUGGCCCAAGCAAGUCUCUUCUUCUUAUUGGUGUCCUUUAGUAGUGGUUUCUUUGCAGCAAUUUGACCAUGAAGGCCCGAUUUCACGCAGUCUCCUCUGAACAAUUGAUGUUGAGAUGUGUCUGUUACUUGAAUCUGUGAAGCAUUUAUUUGGGCUGCAAUCUCAGGUGCAGUUACGUCUAAUGAACUUAUCCUCUGCAGCAGAGGUAACUCUGGGUCUUCCUUUCCUGUGGCGGUCCUCAUGAGGGCCAGUUUAAUCAUAGCGCUUGAUGGUUUUUGCGACUGCACUUGAAGAAACUUUCAAAGUUCUUGACAUUUUCCGGGUUUACUGACCUUCAUGUCUUAAAGUAAUUGAUGGGCUGUCGUCUCUCUUUGCUUAUUUGAGCUGUUCUUGCCAUAAUAUGGACUUGGUCUUUUACCAAAUAGGGCUAUCCUCUGUAUACCACCCCUACCUUGUCACAACACAACUGAUUGGCUCAGACGCAUUAAGAAGGAAAUAAAUUCCACAAAUUAACUUUUAACAAGGCACACCUGUUAAUUUAAAUGCAUUCCAGGUGACUACCUCAUGAAGCUGGUUGAGAGAAUGCCACGAGUGUGCAAAGCUGUCAUCAAGGCAAAGGGUGUCUAUUUGAAGAAUCUCAAAUAUAAAAUAUAUGUUGAUUUGUUGAACAUUUUCUUGGUUACUACAUGAUUCCAUGUGUGUUAUUUCAUAGUUUUGAUGUCUUCACUAUUAUUCUACAAUGUAGAAAAUAGUAAAAAUAAAGACCCUUGAAUGAGUAGGUGUGUCAACUUUUGACUGGUACUGUAUACAUGCAAAUACUGGAGUUGCUUACCAAGACGACAUUGAAUGUCCUGAGUGGCCUAGUUACAGUUUUGACUUAAAUCUGCUUGAAAAUCUGUGGCAAGACUUGAAAAGGGCUGUCUAGCUAAUCUUUAAAGAAUAAGUCGCAAAUAUUGUACAAUCCAGGUGUGCAAAGCUCUUAGACUUACCCAGAAAGACUCACAGCUGUAAUUGCUACCAAAGGUGAUUCUAACAUUUAUUGACUCAGGGUGUGAAUACUUAUGUAAAUAAGAUAUUUCUCUAUUUCAUUUUCAAUAAAUGUUUUCACUUCAUCAUUAUGGGGUAUUGUGUGUAGAUGGUUGAGAAAAAUAAAGAAGCUAUUUAAUCAAUUUUGAUUUCAGGCUGUAACACAACAACAUGUGGAAAAGGUCAAGGGGUAUGCUGUCCUUCCUCUCUUUUUCAUUGGUUUAGAUUGAAAAUGAUUUAUCCAAUAUCUAAUUUGUAUCCUAUAUCUUUAAUUUUGAGGCUGGUUGUGCAACCCUAGUCUAAGCCUACACCUGGGAUACAAACCACGGUCAAUGGAGAAUCUCCACUAACAGUGUCUUUUGGUUCAGUAGUAUGCUUAUCCUGGGAAUGUGUAGCUGCCCUUGUAAAUGGGAACAGACAGAAACUAGAGUUUGUACUCAACGGGUUAACGAACUAACUAACGUGGUUAGAGCCUACUACUUCCCACUUACCCUUUGUCAACCAACACCCACUCAACUCACCAAAUAUGCAGACCAGACAUCACUACUAUGCCAUUAAAAAAAAGUGUAUGUUUCCAGUGGACUGCUGGGAUGGUCCAGAUGGAAUGCCUGUCAUCUACCACGGACACACCCUCACCACCAAGAUCAAGUUCUGUGAUGUCCUGGCGACCAUCAAGGAACACGCCUUUGUGACGUCUGAGUGAGUCUCCAUGUGCUCAGAUAGUCUUUGUGUUUAUAAGCUUGAGUGAUACUCAGUAGACCAUAUCCUUAAUCUACUAUCCUCUAAAAAGAACAUGACAUGAAAUGUGAAGUUCACCAUAGGGGGAAAAAGCCUUUGACUUGUCCUGUUGACCUCUGACCCCUCUCCCCCUCUUACUCCUCCCCCAGCUACCCCAUCAUCCUGUCCAUAGAGGACCACUGCAGCAUUGUCCAGCAGAGGAACAUGGCUACCUACUUUAAGAAGGUCUUUGGAGACAUGCUUCUUACCAAGGCUGUGGACAUCUCCGCCGACGGACUGCCCUCACCCAAUCAGCUUAAGAGGAAGAUCCUCAUCAAGGUCAGGGGUCACAGGGCCAUUGGGAUUUGGAAUGAAAGAUGUUUGUGUUAGGUUGUCAUUUUAAUGUACGCUUGGAUCAGAGCAUCUGCUAAAUGACAACGUAAACAAACUGCCAAAUAGAUGAACUCUGCAGUCUUUUCACUCUUCCUCUCCCUGUCUUGUGCAGCAUAAAAAGCUAGCGGAGGGCAGUGCCUAUGAGGAGGUGUCCACCUCCACUCCCUACUCUGAGAAUGACAUCAGCAACUCCAUCAAGAAUGGCAUUCUCUUUCUGGAGGACCCCAUCAACCAUGUGAGAACUUUUUUUCUAUCUGUCUACAGUGAGCUCCAAAAGUAUUUGGACAGUGACACAUUUUGUUGUUUUGUCUCUGUAGUCUAGCACUUUGCAUUUUAAAUGAUACAAUGACUGAGGUUAAAGUGUCCAACAUCAGUGCCCGACCUCACUAAUGCUCUUGUGGCUGAAUGUCGUAGCCGGCCGCGACCGGGAGACCCAUGGGGCGGCGCACAAUUGGCCCAUGGUCGUCCAGGGUAGGGGAGGGAAUGGCCGGCAGGGAUGUAGCUCAGUUGGUAGAGCAUGGCGUUUGCAACGCCAGGGUUGUGGGUUCGAUUCGUAUGCACUCACUAACUGUAAGUCGCUCUGGAUAAGAGCGUCUGCUAAAUGACUAAAAUGUAAAUGUUGUACGGUCCAUAGCUCUCUUGCCACUGUUACCUUUUUUAAAUAACUUUUUCAAACUUCUAACUCAAACACCAUCUCCCCCUAUCUCUCUGCAGGAGUGGUACCCUCACUUCUUUGUCCUGACCAGCAGUAAGAUCUACUACUCAGAGGAGACGUCUAACAACCAAGGCAACGAGGAUGAGGAGGAGCACAGAGAGGUGAGGAAGGCGGUACAUAAAGGACAGAACAUCACUUUAUGUUGCUUAAUGCCAUAGGAGUUCCAACAUUAAACUAUCACUCUUUCUCUCUCUUUUCCACUCUCUCUCUCCUUUCUUAUUUUUUACAUUUUAUUUUUCAAUUUUCCUCUUCCUUUCCUUUUCUUCUUUUUCAUUUUAUUUUUCCUUUUCUUUUCUUUACUAUUUAUUUUCAUUUAUUUUCAUUUAUUUUAUUUUAUUUUCUGUUCUUUUCUUUUCUUUUCUUGUCUUUUCUUUUUCAUUUGUUUUCUUUCCUUUUUAUUUUCUUAUCUUUUAUUUUAUUUUCACGUCUUUACUUAUCUUUUCCUUUUCUUUUUCUUUUCUUUUCUUUUCUUUUCUUUCCAGGUCUCUAACGGUAUGGACCAACAUAUAGCAGAGAAGUGGUUCCAUGGGAAGCUGGGUGCUGGUCGGGACGGGAGGCAGAUAGCUGAGCGGCUGCUGUCAGAGUACUGUCUGGAGACGGGCGCUCCCGACGGGUCCUUCCUGGUCCGGGAGAGUGAGACGUUUGUAGGAGACUACACUUUGUCCUUCUGGUAAAUCUCCCCACUGUACCCCCCCUACUACCCCCAACUGUACAACCCCCCCCCCCCCCCCCGUUUCUGUAAGAGUCAGUCACGGGCUAGGCUGCUGGUCAGUAGCCCUCUCACUCUCUGCUAAUGCAUGGGACAGGGCUGUAUAACUGGGAUCAUCUCAUUCCAAAUCAAUACUCAUCCACAGACACAGAGUGACGUAUGCUCUGUCAGACCCUGACAUACAGAGGAAUAUGUAAUGGAUGAUUACCUUUUUGUUUAGCUUCUCUAACCUGGUCUCUCUUUCACUGUCCGCACAGGCGUUCAGGCCGGGUGCAGCACUGUCGUAUCCACUCUCGCCAGGAGGCGGGCAGCCCCAAGUUCUACCUGACAGACAACCUGGUGUUUGACACGCUAUUCGCCCUCAUCACCCACUACCAGCAGGUGGCGCUGCGCUGCAACGAGUUUGAGAUGAAGCUGACUGAGCCUGUGCCCCAGACCAACGCCCACGAGAGCAAAGAGUACGUCCAGCUCUCAGAUAGUCAUUCAUUUAAAUCUCAUACGUGUCAGUGAUGACUUUAUGAAAGGGGAAGGAAGGAAGUGUAAAUGAGUGUGUAUGUUCUAGAUGGUACCAUGCCAACCUGUCUCGGAGCCACGCAGAGAACAUGCUGAUGAGGGUUCCACGUGACGGGGCGUUCCUUGUCAGGAAAAGGGCCGAGCUAAGCUCCUUCGCCAUCUCCUUCAGGUGAGUCCCAAAUAUAGAAACAAACGACUAAACAAAAAUAGAGAAUGAUAUGUGCAGUUUGUUGUAGUUGUUACUGAUGGGUAAAAUGCAGCAUUCUGUUAUUGUUUACUUGAUAUUAGGAAAGUUGACAUACAUUACCGCCUCACCAGCUUGCUAGAACUUGUUUUGGAAGCAAGACGUUAAGAGUACACCGUGAGCUAGCUCAGAGAACGGUGACCUAGUGCAAGCUUCUAUGCCUUCAACCCAUCACUUAUUUUCUCAUGAAAAUCUUUAGUCAGUGGUUUUGAAAAUAUUUUUACUGGUGGCCCAUUUUUUUUUUGUCACAGUUUGCAACCUAAGCCACCAUAUUGUAAUAUGGGACGUGUGGGCAAGGGCAAAAAAAUAAAUAAAGGUCGACCAAAUUCACAUAGAAAUGUGAGUUUUAUAUAUCUAUUCUACUAUGCUUCACGUUCUUAAGUUGAGUUUUUUGCGUCUUUUACUUUCGGUUUUGUACACCAGCUUCAAACAGCUGAAAAUACAAAAUUCUUGGUUAUGGAAAAUAUAUUUCACAGCGGUUUAGAUGGUACAAUGAUUCUCUACACUAUACUACCUUAUUUUGUCACUUAAACUGAAAUUAGGCGAACUAUUAGUUUUAGCAACCAGGAAAUGGCGGAGCGAUUUCUGCAUAUUGCUUGAGGCAUGUGUUCUUUACUGUGUUACACCACUAGUAUAGCUCACACAGACAUCCACCUGGCCUCUCGAGACAUGCAUUAUAGCGUCUGCUCUGGCCUUUCUGACAGGGCUGUUUUGAUAAUGUACAUGGCAGUUGUAGGUCUAUUUGCAAUGAAAAGCAUUUUCCAUGACGAUGGAUUCUUGCCACUGUCGUCUUGGCGUCCUCUUUUUUUUUUAGGGGUUUUUGUUCGUAUUGCUGUGAUUAACGCAGCCGGAUGCACGCAGCAGGACACGUACACGCGUGUUUAACCCUGUGUUGUCAUCCCCUCAGGGCAGAGGGGAAGAUCAAGCACUGCAGGGUGCAGCAGGAGGGUCAGACGGUGGUGUUGGGGACGUCGGAGUUCGACAGCCUGGUGGAUCUCAUCAGCUACUACGAGAAACACCCCUUGUACCGUAAAAUGAAGCUCCGCUACCCCAUCAAUGAGGAGACACUGGAGAAGAUAGGCACCGCUGUGAGUGGACCGUGCACACACACACACACACACACACACACACACACACAAUUGUACUCACGAUUGUUGCUGUAGUGAAUUUAAGUGAGUGGGAUAUCCUCUGAACUAUCAUGUAUUUGUCAGGAGCCAGAUUACGGGUCUCUGUAUGAGGGGCGGAACCCUGGGUUCUAUGUAGAAGCCAAUCAGAUGCCCACCUUCAAGGUAAGACUGCACCAGAUCUCUGAUCUCCUGUGGGUUUAGAUCCUGUUCCCUUCCCUCUCUUUGCUAAUGUAACAAGGGUUGUGGUGUGUGUCCUAACCCCCUCACAUCGGUCUGCAGUGCACAGUGAAGGCCAUGUAUGAGUACAAGGCCCAGAGGGAUGAUGAGCUGUCCUUCAGUAAGAACACCAUCAUCCAGAACGUGGACAAACAGGAAGGAGGCUGGUGAGUAACAUCACACAGGAAGUCGGGUUCACUAUCCAUAUCUAUCAAAUCAUCACAGAGCUACAUGAGUUAUCUAGGGCUGGGGGUUGAUUAUAGAACAUCCUUCUAGAGUGAACCCCAUUCCCUUUGUGUGUGUCUGUGUGUCAAACUCUCUCGCUCUCACUCAGGUGGAAGGGGGACUGUGGUGGGAAGAAGCAGCUGUGGUUUCCUGCUAACUACGUAGAGGAGAUCAGUCCUUCAGCUGUGGAGCCAGACAGAUCAGUAAGGCCCUCUACCCUGUAGACGCAUACUGGCAUACGCAAAUGUUACAGCCGCUAGUCUAUGCUAUGAGAGGGACUUGUCAUUUUCUAGCAUCGUUUAUAGCGACAACGUGUAAAAUGCUGCUGUUGGGUUUUUUGAUUAGCAUUCACGUCUCCUCUCUCUCCCUCUCUAACACUCCCCCAUCCCUCCUCCCCUACAGCAGCUGACAGAGAACAGUCCUCUGGGAGACCUGCUGAGAGGAAGUGUAGACGUGUCUUCCUGUCAGAUUGGUGAGUGACUCCUCCCCUUCCUUUUUCUAUCCUCCUGCAGAUAGCACAGUCACCUUGCCUCGGGACGACCUCUUAGAUACUCUAUCUCCCCAUCAAUCUCUUUUCUUUAUCUCUCCCACAUGCUCUCACCCCCCACUCUCUCUCUCUCUGGCGUUAUCACUGUUCUAUCUCACUCUCUGUGGUGUGUCUAAUCUGUAUUGAUACACUUUAAAGGUUCAAUACACAGCCCUUACAUUACCACUGGCACAUGCUGUGCCAUGCACCACUGUUUGUUAUGAAUGAGCAUCAAACAGCCUAACUAGCAUGUGUUGAUGGCUGCCACAUCUCUCUCUAAAUCUCUCUCAUCUCUCCCCCUCUCUUGCGCUUUCUCUCUGUCUCCCCCUAGUGGUGCGGCCUGAUGGUAAGGGAAGCAGGCUGCAUGUGUUCUCCCUCCUCCCGGCUGCCUCUCCCAGGGCAGGACAGGUCCUGGACAUCGCUGCCAACACCCAGGAGGAGCUCAAGGAGUGGGUCAUCAAGAUCAGAGAGGUCACCAUGACAUCAGAGGCCAAGGUAUGAAAAUAAUACUUUGUAGUAAAUGUGUAAGAAUAAAGAAUGGAAGAAGCAUUUUCUUUCUUUGAGGAAUAAUUCCUCAGAAACGAAGCGUGUAAGUAGUGUCAAACUGAGUCUUGUGGUUGUCUGUGAAGUAAUGACAAUGUGUGUGUCAGCUGGAGGAGGGGAAGAUGAUGGAGAGGAGGAAGAAGAUUGCUCUGGAGCUGUCUGACCUGGUCAUCUACUGUAGACCUGUACCCUUCGACGAGGACAGUAAGGACGCGUCUGUACAGCUAAAAACACUCUGACCACACAAACAAGCAUAUCUCACCCCCCCCCAUCUCCCCCCUUGCUCCUGUAGAGAUUGGGACAGAGCGGGCGUGUUUCCGGGACAUGUCGUCGUUCCCGGAGACCAAGGCAGAGAAGUAUGUGAACCGGAUCAAGGGGAAGAGGUUCCUGCAGUACAACCGGCUGCAGCUGUCCCGUAUCUACCCCCGUGGACAGAGGCUGGACUCCUCCAACUACGACCCUCUGCCCAUGUGGCUCUGUGGAUCCCAACUGGUCGCACUGAAUUUCCAGACCGCAGGUACGGAGGGAGGGAGGGAGGGUGAGUUGUUGGAGGGAGUUACUGAGUGAGAAGGGGAUGGAUACACUGGGGUAGUAGAGGGGAUUUUUCCUGAUUUUAAGAAUUACUGGUUUUCCUUACGUUACCUUUUUGAAGAUGACACACCGACCCCAGCUGACUGAACUUCUUCUCCCCUCUCCUUUCUUCACUCUCUCCUUCAAUCCCUCACUCACCUUCUCCCUUCCCCUCUCCAGACAAACCCAUGCAGAUGAACCAGGCUCUGUUCAUGUUGAACGGGAGGAGUGGCUACGUCCUCCAGCCACCAAUCAUGAGAGACGACAACUUUGACCCCUUCGACCGACACACACUGAGGGGCCUGGAGUCGGUCACCCUACAGAUAGAGGUGUCUGUGGUCUAGGUCUUCUAUCCUCCUGGGGACAUGAAAUCCCCACAAGGAUUCUCCCUCAGUGGGACAUUUCCCAUGUCCCCAUGAGGACAUUUACAUUUACGUCAUUUAGCAGACCCUCUUAUCCAGAGCGACUUACAAAUUGGUGCAUUCACCUUAUAGCCAGUGGGACAACCACUUUACAAUUAUUAUUAUUAUUAUUAUUAUUUAAUUUUUUGGGUGGGGUAAGGGGGGGGUAGAAGGAUUACUUUAUCCUAUCCCAGGUGUUCCUUAAAGAGGUGGGGUUUCAAAUGUCUCCGGAAGGUGGUGAGUGACUCCGCUGUCCUGGCGUCGUGAGGGAGCUUGUUCCACCAUUGGGGUGCCAGAGCAGCUAUCUUAAGCUUAGCAGUUAGGGCUACAAUUAGGGUAAGGGAAAAUAUAGUUUUAGGUCCCCAUGAGGAUAGAAAAAUGUGCGUGUGAGGAAAAGGUGAGUGUGAAGGUGUUUAAACUGUCUGUUCUCUCCAGGUGUUGGGUGCUCGUCACCUGCCUAAACAUGGUCGUGGCAUUGUUUGCCCGCUGAUUGAGAUCGAGGUGUGUGGCGCAGAAUACGACAGUGCCAAGCAGAAGACCGACUCAGAGGGUGAGUAACACACCUGACACUAAUACACUUCAUUCAACCAAUCAGGUUCUUUACAUCUAGCUAGUAGUUGGUUAGUUGAACCAAGUGAUAUUUCUAAGAGAAGGGUCCAAGGUGUUAAGGCCAGGGGAAAGGUGUAGUGAUGGGUUUGGAACUAAGCUUGUCAUUUCCUGUCCAGUUAUGGAAAAACAGAAAGUUGUACAAAUAGCUAAGGACUGUGUGGGAACCUGAUGGAGAAAACAUCCCCUCAUCCCCUAGUGUGUACACACACACACACACACACACAAAAACACACACACACACACACACAAUAUAUGACAAUGGGGACUUUAGAUGGCUAAUCGAGUCUUCUCUCUCUCCAUGUUCUCUUUAGCGGAUAACGGUCUGAACCCGACGUGGCCUCGGAAGCCCUUCCAGUUCACUGUGUGUAACUCUGCCUUUGCCUUCCUGCGCUUUGUGGUGUACGAGAUUGACAUGUUCAGUGACCAGAACUUCCUGGCCCAGGCCAGCUUCCCCAUCAACAGCCUCAAGACAGGUACGCGUCACACCGCACCAACACCCACUCGGAUUGGCUGAGACAAGUAUGAUACACCCUGACUGGCUCUUUGACUAGCAGGAUAGAUUGACAUUUCAGAUUAUCAUUCUGUUUGCAUUAAUAAUAAUAAUAAUAAUAAUAAUAAACUCAUGUCUGUCUGUGUGGUGUCAGGUUACCGGUCGGUCCCUCUGAAGAACAGCUGUAAUGAGGAUCUGGAGCUGGCCUCUCUGCUGGUGCACAUGGACAUCACCCGGGGCAGGGUAGGUACUGGUACACUCACUGGACUGACUCCACCACCACUGUCAGAGUUCCCAUCAGCCAUCACACAUUGGCUGGGACAGUUAUUCACUAGGGCCGGGAUGAUACCAGUAUCGCGGUACUCGUUAGUAUCCUGGCAAGGAAACAAAACACAAAGUGGAUUUAACUUCUUUAGGAAAACAGCCCUAAUAUUGGAAACAAACAUAAUUAUGUUGUCAUCCAGAAUUACAUUUAUUUAUUUUCCAAGCAAUAGCACACAAUAUUUUACAUACUGCAAGUUUUUAAAGGACCAAAGAGUUAUCUUUGUGUUUUCAUUUUUGCCAUGGAAAAAAAUAUUGCGAUACUGGUAUCCUCACAGCCCUAAUAUUCAAUCCUCUCCUUCAACUUAUUUUCUCUCCCUCUACUAGGCUGAGAAUGGGGAGGUGCUGAGCCCGUUCCUGCCGGUAGGAGGUGCCUCUGCAGCGGUGGUUACCCAGACAGGGCGUGAGCGUCUGGGGGAGACAGGCUCCACGUCCUCAGCCUCCUCCAUGUCCCCUCUGCCCCAGUCCCCAGCAACCCCAACCCAGGCUCAGACACAGGCCUACAGAGGCAGGGAGGGCUCCUUCGAGGCCCGCUACCAGACGCCUCUGGAUGACUUCAGAGUAUCACAGGAGGCUCUGCUGGACCUGGACCCUCAGAACAGGAGGUAUGUGUAAGGGUGCGUACUUCUAUCUAUAAACGGGCUACUUUCUAUCUAUCUGUGUUGGUGCAUUUCAGUUUUGUGAGAUUUUAGCGUGUUCUUGCUUGCUCUCUCUCUCUCUUACUCUCUCACCCCAUCCCCCCCUCCCUCAGGAUGAUGCGCAGGACCAGAGUGGGCGGAGAGAACCGCAUUUAGGCCUGACCAAUCAGGGCGCAUUCCAAAUCCCCCCCCAGCUCCUCCCCGUACCGAUGAUGUCACUGACUGCUGUGAACACUGUUUCUAUGGAAACGCCCACCACCGCUUUGGCCUACAUUUCAGGCAGCUCUCCCUUGCUCUGCACUCUUUCUCUCCUCUGUGUCCCCCUCUUGGAGUGAGUGAGUGGGAGGAGGGGAGCGAGAAGACAAAGACAACAACAUGAAAAAAAAUAAGCAAAGAAGUUUCAGCCCUCGGCUAAGAUGUCGGGAGAUGGGGAAUUUUGACGCGCUCGAUUCGAGCGCAAAAGUUUGCAAGGGGAAAGAAGAAUGGAAGAGGGGAGG